AUGCGAAAAGUUGAGCGCGUAUUGUGGACGCAGGGCCGCGUGUGCAGCGCGGCAGGAAAUGAUUUGCCGGCGCACGGGCCGGGCCACUGCCACGCGAUACAUCCUGGCGUCCGCUAUGGAAUCGCCGCAGGCAACGUCGGCGCAGUUUUCUCCGUGGAUCCGGAGACUGGAGACGUCCGAGUGGCCAAAGCUCUCGAUUUUGAGACUCGCAGCAGGUACGAACUACUGUUGGUGGCGGUGUCUGAGGAAGGCCGCGCUGUGGGGCAGGCGACGCUGCUGGUGAGAGUCAAGGACGCCAACGACCUGCCCCCCGUGUUCGAGCAGCCCGUGUACCGCGCCACCGUCACUGAGGAGGACGACCACCACUUACCGAGGAGGAUCCUCACCGUGAAGGCAAUAGACGGUGACACAGAGAGGCCUCACGACGUGGUAUAUUUCAUCACUGGCCCUGGCGUGGAUCCAGACAAUCCCGCUGCGGGCAACUUCCGCAUCGAUCCCAAGACGGGAGAUAUAUUUAUACUCAAGGCGUUGGACCGCGACCCGCCGGAUGGACGUCCGCACUGGCGCUUCACGGCUUUCGCUCAGGACGAGGCUGGCCAAGGGCAGGUGGGCUACACCGACAUCCACGUGGCCGUCUCAGAUGUCAACGACAACGCGCCCGUCUUCCCGCAGCCCGUCUACUGGGGCUCCGUCGUCGAGAACAGCUCCGCCGGUGAAAUAGUAGCAAACAUGACAGCAGUUGAUUAUGAUGAUCCAGAUGAGGGAACUAAUGCAAAGAUAAUGUACACUAUCGAAAAAAAUGUUGUCGAUGAAGACACAGGACGACCAAUAUUUGAGGCUGAUCCUGAAACUGGUGUCAUCAGAACUGCUAUAUGCUGCUUGGACCGUGAACGUACAGCUGACUAUGCCAUACAAGUUGUUGCUGUAGAUGGUGGAGGACUCAAAGGAACAGGAACUGUUUCUAUCCUAGUUAAAGAUGUUAAUGACAUGCCACCUGAGUUUGCAAAGACUGAAUGGAUUGCAGAAAUAGAUGAGACAGAGGGAUUAACUGUAUCCAAAAACACCAUUCUGACUGUUACUGCUCAUGAUCAGGAUGAAGUAAGCUCUUUCCAGUACAAGGUUGUUGAGAACAGUGGCUACGGUUCUGACAAAUUCACACUAAUUGGGAAUAACGAUGGAACUGCCUCACUGAAAGCAGUCAAGCCACUUGAUUAUGAAGAAGGAAAACAGAACAAUUAUUUUAGAUUCAAAAUACAAGUUACUGACAAGGAGAGGGAUAAUGAUACUGAAGGGUAUCACACCAGAUAUGCUUGGGUAACAAUAAAACUAAGAGAUAUAAAUGACAAUGAGCCAACCUUUCAAAAUCACAGGCUUGAAGUAUUUAUAGAAGAAAAAGCCAGUAUUAAUACUCGUUUAGCUACAUUUAGAGCAACUGAUGCUGAUAAAGGAGGGAAAAGUAAAAUUAAUUACCAGAUUCAACGCUCAUCCGAUCCUAGGAGACAUUUCAGGAUAGAUCAACAUGGAACUGUUUACCUUCAACGUAAGCUAGACAGAGAAACUAUGCCCAGACACCAGAUACAAAUACUGGCAAUUGAUGAUGGAACUCCACCAAAAACAGUGACAGCAACUUUGAGUGUAACAGUGAAAGAUGUCAAUGACAAUGCACCAGUGUUUCAACACAAUUACCAGGCUGUCAUUCAAGAAAAUACUCCACCAGGAAAAAUUUUAGAAGUUUUUGCAACUGAUGAGGAUGACAGCCAUGUGGGUAAUGGUCCACCAUUCACAUUUCGAAUGGCUGCAGAUGCAGAUGAUAUCAUCAAGUCAUCAUUUCACCUUGAAAAUUAUCACUCUGGAGCUAAUAGUAAUGGCUCAGCAGUUAUAUCAUCUCUGUCAUCCUUUGACAGAGAAAUGCAAAAGAUAUAUUUAAUUCCAAUACUCAUUACGGACUCUGGUUCUCCUGCAAUGUCUGCAACAUCAACACUCACAGUCAUAAUUGGUGAUGAAAAUGAUAAUUACAUGGCACCUGGGUACAAGGAAAUUCUUGUUUAUAAUUACAUGGUCCAUGUUUCAGAAGCUGAAAUUGGUAGAGUUUUUGUUGAUGAUGCUGAUGACUGGGAUUUUCCUGACAAAAGAUUUUUUUGGCAUGGGCAGAAGCAUAAUAAAUUCAUUCUGGAUGAAAGAUCUGGUAUGAUUAAAAUGGAACAAGGCAUAGAUGCAGGAAGGUAUGCUUUGCAGUUCAAAGUUUAUGACCAACACCAUGGCCAAGUUGAUGUAUUAGCCAAUGUCACAGUUAUUGUAAGAGAUAUUUCCCAUAAUGCUAUUGCCAAUUCAGGUUCCAUCAGACUGUCUGGCCUGUCAGAUGAGGAUUUCAUCACUGUCUGGUAUUACAGAAUGUAUUCUCUUGAAAAAAGUAAAGCAGACUUGCUGCAAGAAAAACUAGCUAAAAUAUUUAAAAUAAAGAAAGAUAAUGUAUGCAUUUUCAGUGUGCAACGAAGAAAUCAGCAUCCUCUUAUCACAGAUGUACAUUUUUCUUUCUGUGGGUCUUAUGUGUACCAACCGAUGAGAUUAAAUGGAAUUGUUCAAAAGCACUGGCAGGAGAUAGAAAGAUACUCUGGUAUCAGUAUUGUUAUGGUUGGCAUAGAUGAAUGUCUCCAGGAGGAACACAGGUGCAGAGGCAGUUGUUCAAAUGUUGUGAGAAUUGGCAAGUUACCAAACCUGGUAGAUACAAACAGAACUGCUCUUGUGGGAAUUGAUAUGCAGAGGACAGCAGAAUGUAUUUGUGAAAUGCAAAAUGUUGCAAAAGCUGAAACAUGUGUCUGUUAUAAUGGUGGCACAUGUCUAUGGAGAGGAAAUAGUAUUAGCUGUUUAUGCCCAUCUGGUUACAGUGGUCCAAAAUGUCAAGGAACAACAAGAAGCUUCCAAGGGGAUGGAUGGGCAUGGUACUCUCCUCUUAGCACCUGUGACAAAUCACAUCUCAGUAUUGAAUUCAGAACAACAGAAGCAAAUGGACUGUUACUGUACAAUGGACCUGUUGCUCCACCAGGCAGUGGUCAGGCUGUAAUAUCAGAUUUUAUUUCCCUGGAGCUAGAAGGAGGUUUGCCAAAAAUGUUAAUUGACUUUGGUUCAGGAGUUGUUUCACUGAAGAUAAAUAAGACUUUAAGAUUAAAUGAUGGCAAUUAUCAUCACAUAGAUAUAUUCUGGGACACAGAGAAUGUUCAUCUUGUAGUGGACUACUGUAAAUCUGCUGUCAUGGCAGAAACUGAAGAUGAUGCAAUUCCAAGAUUUGAUGACAGCAGCUGCAAGGCACAAGGAAAAGUUCCACUUUUCAAUGAAUAUCUGAAUGUUAACACACCACUUCAGAUUGGUGGUCUUCACAUAGAAUUAUUUCAACCACAGCAAUAUAAUUGGAAUUACAUGCCCACUCUGACUGGUUUCUCUGGUUGCAUCAGGAAUGUGUUUUAUAAUGGUCAGAUCUAUGACCUGUAUGACCCAGCUUUGUCAGAAAACAGCAGAAAAGGCUGCCCAAUGACAGAAAACUUAUGCUCCACCAUUGAUUGUGGCACACAUGGCACUUGUAAUGAUGAUACAUCUAAUGUUCACUGUGUCUGUGAUGCUGGUUGGACAGGACAUAGCUGCCUCACACCAACUGUACCAGCACGAUUUGGCUAUCACAGUUAUGUAAAAUUUUUGUUAUCAUUUGAACCCAGCAAAUUCAGUAUGCUUGUCCAGCUCAGGUUCAGAACAAGAGAACCAAACGGAGAACUGUUUCAUUUCGCAGACCAGGAAAGCCAACUAUAUGCUGUACUUGGUAUCAAGCACCACCACUUACAGUUGUACUACAAGGUGAUGGGUGUUUCCAGCAUCGAACAUCUUAUCAGCCUUGAUUUUGUUGCUGUGGAUGAUGGACAGUGGCACACAACUAAGGUUUUGCUGUAUGGGUUCACAGCCAUUUUGCAACUCGACAUUGGUGAAGGGCGGUAUUACAAUGAAUGCUUUUUCCUUGAAAGCAAUCACUGGAUCUUAAUUGGCAAACAAAAUGAGUUAUAUGCAGCUGGACAUAAAGAAAUUGGAAACUUGAAAAUGUUUCAUCUCUUUGAAGAUUUUCAGAAUGGGUGUAUUGAUGAUAUACGAUUUGAUGGAAGAAGCCUCCCACUCCCGCCGUCAGUGAAUGGAACCCAAUGGGCACAGGCUACACUGGCUCAAAAUAUGGAAAGAAAUUGUUUAUCUAAUACAUCCUGUGAUGAUAUCGCUUGCCCAGAACCUUUCAAGUGCCAUGACGUAUGGAACAAGUAUGAAUGCAGUUGUGGCCCUAAUAGACAGUUUGAUGCUGACCAAAAAAUCUGCACUGAAAAUAAUGAAUGCCUUGGAAAACCAUGUCAGAAUGGUGGAACAUGUGUCAAUCAGUAUCCAUAUAUCCAUUAUCAGUGCAUGUGCCCAAAAGGUUUCUGGGGUCAUCAAUGUGAGCAAAUGGUCAAAAAUGAAUCUAUGAAACUUAGUUUAGCUGCGCUGGUAGCAGUUGUUGCAGCCAUCACUAUUAUUCUUGUUCUAGCAACACUCCUUAUAGUAUGCAAAUAUAAAAAAAGUACGAAAUGCAAAUCAUCCACAACUAAGGAGGAUAUUCGAUGA